GACGAUCGUUUCCGUGUGUCUAGCCUACGUUAGGUGCUGGAAUCUGCCCUGCAAAGACAAACACAUGUGAAAUCAAAGCUCAGAGUUUUAUGAAUUUAUGGAAACAUGUCAAAGAAGCGGGGCAGGAAGCGAAGCAGUGGAGAGCUGAGUGAGAGCUCAGCAUCAACCCUUAGCCCAGACCCGGACAACCUGCUGGGCCGCAGGAUUCAACAUACCUGGAGGGAGAAGGGCAACGUGACCAAGUGGAAAGGCACUGUUCUGGAGCGUCUCACCGUGAACAGCUCGCUCUACAUGGUCAAAUAUGACGGCUUUGAUUGUGUAUAUGGCAUUGAACUCUUCAAAGAUGGCCGAGUGUCGAACCUGCAGGUGUUAUCAGAGAAAGUUGUGAAUAAUAAGAUCAAGGUGCCUCCCGGGGCGGAGGAGCUGGUGGGCCGAGCGGUGGAGCAUCUGUUCGAGAAGGAGGACGGGGAGAAAAACGAGUGGCGGGGCAUGGUGCUGUCCAGAGCCCCCAUCAUGACCCACUGGUAUUACAUCACCUACGAGAAGGACCCAGUGCUGUACAUGUACCAGCUGUGGGAUGACUACAAGGACGGUGAUCUACGUGUCCUGCCUGAAUCAGAAAACAAACACCUACUUCCAGCAGACAGAAAACCAGGGGAAGAGCCAGAGAGCCUUGUGGGUAAACAGGUGGAGUAUGUCACAGAUAAUGGUAUAAAGAGGACGGGCUUGGUCAUCUACCAGGUCCCAGCAAAGCCCACGGUAUACUACAUCAAAUAUGACGACGACGUCCACAUCCAUGUCUAUGAUCUGGUGAAGACCACCUAACACUGACUGUCUGAUUUCAUCUUUAGCCGCUGGCUCAUCCCUGACCCAACCAGUCGUUACCUGUUUGAGUGUUACAUAUUUCAGUUUUCCUCCAGAAAGGCAACGUGCCGAAGAUCAGAACCACUGUCUUCUUUUAUUUUUAUUUUUUUAAAAUCACACAUUAAAAGACAUGUCGGUUUUUGAUUCUCAGUUUGACGUUGACCUUAAUGUUUGGCUCUGAGGUCUCGUUCAUUGUAAAUAAAGCAGACCUGAGAGUGGUUGUACAGCCCAGCAGAUAAAAUGGAGCUACAAGUUUGGUGAAAUCAUACUUGUAUAGUGCAACUUUCAGACUCCAAAUUCAUACUUUUUGUAGAAAAACAAAAGCACAUCAUAAAAACAUAUUUCUUACCCAUACCUCUGUGUUUUACUUGAUCUGUUUCCAUUUUAUACGCCUGUGCUAUUGAUUUAAUCUGGAAUAUCUGGCUGUUCUGAUGGUAACAUUUGUGUUUUCUGUGUCACUGGGUAAGCCUUUCAGUUUGUUGAAUAUACCAGUCAUAUUCAUUUAACAACGUGCAAAUUUUACCAUCACAGUGAAGUCUGAUUUCAGUUCAAUUGUACAGGCAUCAGUGAGCAGUGAUUGUCUCACUUCUCACAUUUAAAACAGAUGAUUCUUCAAGAAAUUGUGUAUCAUAUUUCUGUUAUGUUUCAACCAGUAAACUGCAAGUUUUCUACAUGAUUAUAAUAUAUACAGAUAUUCUGAUGUUGUCAUGUUGUUUCAAGGUGUUUGUGCUACACAUUAUUAAUGUAGUUCAAAUCGGCCUGAAAUGUUGUUUAGCAUUUUUGAACUAAAGUCUCUGUCAUUUGCCAAAAAUGUGAUGAGAUACAUUCAGGCCUGUUCUUUGUGACCCUAAACAUGUUCUGUUCUGUAAAUAUAAUCAGAGACAUUUUUAUGAACGUUAAACAAAGCUGCUUGAAACAUU